CCGGCGGCGGGCGCAGUUUCGUGACAAAAUAAAUUAAUUUAUAUAGGUUUGCAAUAUUAUUAAAUAUGGAAUUUGAAAAGGCGAGAACAUCGCUUAAACUAUACUCAACAAUGCAAAUGAGUGGGAUGUUAGCACAUAAAGUAAACAACGAAAAUGUGGAGUUAAUUACCGCACCCGCAGGUAGCAGAUGCCAAAAGAAGAUACUGCAUCCUCGAACGCCAAGUAAAACAAUUAAUUGUAGCAUAUCUACAACAAUAAAUAGCAUGUCGAGUAGUUCAUCAAAGCAAAUGUCUUGUUCUACAGCGCUGAGUACUCCGCCAGCGAAGCGAUUUCAUCGCAUAAGAAAUCCAUUCGAACCUGUCUUGGCGGAACGUCUGCAUUUGCCAUUGAUUGCAAGUCCCUCACUGUUUCAACGUCCCACGACGCCACAACUAUCAUCUACACAGUUUGAAUGGAAUAUAGAUGAAGUGUCUUCCCUGAAACCAGCGAAUGUCGAACCACAUGAAACACAGUUUCACGACUCGCCUGAUCCCGAGUAUGAAGCCAAGGCACAAUCAGCGAUAAGCUCUUACUUUAAAGAGCAUCAAAUUGUACCAAGUCCUGUUGAGUGUCCCCUUCGUAGUCAUCGCAUCAUUCUGUCGGAAUUAAAUAGUUACACCCCGAUUUCAAAAUCGGGACGCCGCAUACGUGACUGCGGAACGCAAACCGAACUAUCAUUGCCCGUGGUGUUGCCACGCGCUUUAGAAGAAGCAUUAAUGCCAUAUUUUCAACCACACUUGGCGGUGGCUGAUCGUCAUAACUGCGAGACGGAUUCGCAAAUGCGCUUCAGUACCGAUUCACAUGCAUCUAUAUUUAAUGAUGUUAAAGAUGUGUCACUGCGACGAAAUCUAUUCGAUAUGAAAAAUAUUGUAGUGCUCGAAGAGGGGAGAACGCCCACAAUAGAAGCCAAAUGUAAAAUGACGCAUUCAAAUUCCAGUCCGUCGUCUAAUUGCGGUAGUUCGUGUGGCGGUCAAUUUGUCAUUGUUGGUAAACUUUCAGACUCUUUGGACAAGAGUUCAUUCGGCUCGCUUUCACCCAUUUCAGCCUCUGAUGGACUCUCCAACUCGCCGCAUUCGCCAUAUAAAAAUCGUAGUGAAAUGAAACCGCGCAUACACACUUUUCUACAGGAUCUCUCGGAUGUAGAACAGCUGUCGCCAAUACAUCCGCAAGUACGACAAACAAGUAAGCGGUGUCUCGUUAAACCACAGGAAACGAGCAAAUCACAGUAUUCGUCGAAGGAUAGUUAUCGUUGUAAUGCAUUAAAUCAAAGCGAGGCAACGACGUUAGGUGAUAUUUCACUGGCUUACAUUAAUGGUCGGAAUAAUGAAAGUGAAAAUUUUACGCCAGAUGGCAGUUCGUCACCGUUGCGUCUGAAUCUUUGCUCUGCUGAAACUGUAGCUGCCAUUGGCCAGCAAUCAAUAGACAGCAGUUUUAAUAUAAAAGUAAGUCGAUUGGCUGUGAAUAGUUCUAAAUCUACAAAGCAGUCGCUGUCGCACGAUACCAGACCAACAGAGUAUGACGUGUUCCCACAUGACGACACUAAUGACUUGAUCGAUGAUGAUGAGAUGCAAGUGUCACAGCUGUCUGCACAAAAUUUCAAUUGCAGUUCUUCGAGCUCCACGGAUACACCGCGUAGCAAAAGACGUUCAGCAAGUCGUAAAAAUCUAUCGCAAUCAUUUUCGCUUAACUGGCUUGAUGACGACGAGCUAGAAGAAGACGUCAAGCAACAAGAUGAAAAGUUAAACUUGCAAAAAUCGACACUAGAUGUGCCACGUAUUGAUAUCACCGUUAUGGAUGAAUUGAUUGUUAAAGAGCAUGAACAACAGCAAAAGCAUCAAAAGCAAUUACAAAAGGAUGCAGUUUAUAUGGAUGAGAAGUAUGUCAUUGAUGAUAAUCACCAAGAUACUGUCGGCGAGGAACCGCGUGCGUUAUUCUAUCGUGUUGACAGCGGUUUUAACGAAAUGCCGGCCAGUGGAUGCUCUUCUACAUACUCAAUGGGCGCCAGUCAACAGUGCGAUAGCGCACUUUCGCCGACUGACCAACUUGAAGUUAGCAUGGUUUGCUGCUCAACACCUUCAAAGCAUAUUGACACUAGCGCUUCAUGUUGACCUCUUAUGCGUUUGCAAUCGAUUCACACAAAAAGUAUCUUUACUACAGCCAAUUGCCUUUUAACACUAGCAAAAAUUCUCAGAAAGAGGUUAAUACAUAUUUUAUUUUUAACCACUUACAUAGUAUAAGACUUUUAGAUUUUAUUAACGCGCAAUUAUUGUUCUUAAAUGCAAUAUUCAAAAGCCAGUAGGAGUUUGUAGUAUAAUAUUAGUAAAUUAGUUAAGUUCAGACUGCAAUUAGAAUAAACAAUUUCGACACGAGACUGCCAUGCAGCAUUAAGUUACCCACCUAGGUGGCGCCUCUAAUGAGAAAUAGUUGUAGAAAGAAAUUAAUGAAUUCUGAGGCGCCACAAAACGCACUGACCUAGCUGCAUACAUAGAUAAUAAUUAGCCGAUUUCAUUUGCAAAUGAACAAAUUGAUUGUCAUAUCACCAUUCGAAUACAUUUUAUAGCUCUAAAUUUGUUGUAAGCUUCUACACUUUUGCACUUUAUCUGAUGUUUUUUUUUAACUCUAUUUCGCAUUUGCGUUUGUAUUUCUGUAUGUCCUUUUUCCGUUAUUGCUUAAAUUCAGUUAAUUUUUUUUGUCUUUAACUUGCUAUUAUUUUAUGCAUAUGUCUGAUUUAAUUGUGUAAU